GCAGGUUGUUGGUUUUUUCUCUUGCAAAGAGCUCCCCAUUUCACCAGACCUGCGCUGUUUCCGCAGUUGUGCUCUCUGGAGUCGAUACUACUCUGCCUGCCACAGUCUGUCCCCUCCUUUUCCCCCAUCCCCACGCCCCGCCUAGUCACUGGGAUUUUUUUUUUCUUUUACCCCUUUGCAUCUCCAUUUUUUUUUUUAAUCUAUAAUUUUUCUUUUCAUUUUUUUGGUUCACACGUGAGCUUUGGGGGGUUCACCGUGAGCUGUCGACCUUACAGCUCUUAUUAAACGAUAUGAUGGGGAUUUAGGGGAGGUAAACGAAAGGACUCCGCAUCUUUUCCCCUCUACAUCCUCCGCUGCUGUGACUCUUCAGGGGAACAUGCAACAUCUCCGGCUGUGGCGAGCUCUACUUCUUCUGGCUGUGUUACACCAACCAGCAAUCUCGGAGAAAUACGGUUGCCUGUUUGAGAGAAAACUGUGCACAAGAGAUCAGUUCUGCUCGAAUGAUGGGUUGUUUGGUCAGUGUCAAAGCUCCAAGCAGGACCAGGUUCAGUACCAGGUAACGGUUCCUGUGCUGAAGAGGAUGCAGGAAGUCCUCAAACAGCUCAUGCUGCAAGGACUCUCGUGGCAGGAUGACAUCACCCAAUAUAUUUUAUCAAAGGAGCUCAAGAGGGUUCCUCACACCACCCUUCCGUCAAAGCCAAACUCCUCAUCCUCCUCUCAUUCGUUGCAGUCCAAACAGCAAACCCCUCAUCACCACAGCUCGAAGGCGGGGUCGACCCCCCCUGGUGGUAAAUAUGUGGAUUACAUGAUCGUUGAGCCUCCUCAGUCCUCCAUGCACAUGCAGACUGCAGCUAUGGACCCAUACUUAUACCACCAGCACAGGUACCAAGAUGAAGUAGAGCGAUCGCUUAUGGGUGCAGGGGGGGGUUAUGCCCGCCCCCCUUCAAGGUCCCAGGCCAAUCAGAGAGACCGAGAGCGUGACAGGCAGCUGCUACAGGAAGCUCUCUACCUGGCAUCCGGGCAGCCCUCUUACCGCCACAGAGCGCCGGCUCCCAUGGCACCUGCAGGUCUACCUUAUUAUCAAGACUUUGAGUUGGAGAUACCAGUGGACUAUGUGCAAGACUACACCCUAGAGGAGAGACUCGGUAGUGCGGGCAGGCAACCAACUCAACAGAACAAAAAAACUUCUCAGGAUCUCAACGCCUUGUCUGGAAACAGUGAUGGCUUGCUCCAGAGGAUGUCAGGCGUCUUGCAGAAGAACAACAUUGAUCCCAGGGACCUCAGUCAGGAGCAGCUAUACAGACUGGCUCUCAUAUUGCGCCUGGUGCAAGGCCAAGACAAAACAGAUCCAGUUGAGAAAGACUUGAUCACUCUGAAAGAGAUGCAGCUGCUAAAAAAAGAAAGUGUGUCCAAGCCAGAGACGCCUGCUCCAGUUCCUGGUCCCCCUGAUGCCCCUCCUGCUCCCUCCUUCCCCUCUGUCCCGGCCACACCGCCACCUAAGAGUCCCAGCCUCCCCCCCUCCUCCUCCUCCCAGCCCCCAGCGGCUGCCCCUCCUGAACCGGGACACGGUUUUAAGGAGCCACUUGUUGAGGAUACAGGAGCAAAGGAGGAGUACGGGUACAUCGUCACCAACCAAAGUCCUCUCGAUCUCUAUGAUGGAGUGAAGCUGUUGGAGCUACUGGCUGAUAAAAUACACUUGACAACCAGCAGCUUCAUACACAUCAGCGUGGUCGGCCCCGCGAUGACUUUCCGCAUCCGGCAGAACGAGCAUAACAUGACGGCUGCAGAGGUGGCUGCUAAAGCUGUAUCUGAGAAGAACUUCCUCGAGUCUGAGACCGGCCUGAAAAUAUUGCAGACGGGCGUGGGAGAGAGAAAAGAUGCCAGGGGCCAUAUUCAGCUGAGCAGGGUUUCCCAGGGCUCCAGUGGGACGGUCAUCACGCUGGUUUCCAUGGCAGUGGUGGGAGGGGUGCUCGUACUGGCCAUGGCUGUGGCUUGUUUCCGGCACUAUUCCCAGCAAGUGGCUAAUGGCAAACUUGGCCUGGGGCCAGAGGGAGGAGCAGAAACACACUUUGACUACCAGGAACUAUGUCGGCAGCACAUGGCAUCUAAAUCCCCCCUUUGCCGCCAGGACUGCAUGGCCGGGGCGAGCGGUAGCAUGGUGGGCUCUGCCAUCGGCCCCGGUACUGGGGGACGGAGGGGAACGGACACGUCCCGCGUCAGCAGCGUCUCGUCUCAGUUCAGUGACGGUCCACAGCAUAGCCCGUCCUCCACCCACAGCUCCACCCCGUCCUGGAGCGAGGAGCCCGCCCAGUCCAACAUGGACAUCUCCACUGGUCACAUGAUUCUCGCGUAUAUGGAGGACCACCUGCGCAACAAGGAUCGGCUGCAGAAGGAGUGGGAGGCUUUGUGUUCCUACCAGGCGGAACCGUGCUCACUCGCCGCAGCUCAGAGCCCGACUAACAUGGACAAAAACAGACACGCUGGAGCUCUGCCCUACGAUCACUCUCGUGUGAAGCUGAAGACUGAAGUAAAUUCUAAUAAACGAGAUUACAUCAACGCCAGUUUCAUAUCUGAUCACGACCCUCGCCAACCAGCCUAUAUUGCCACACAGGGACCUCUGCCCCACACCGUUGCCGAUUUCUGGCAGAUGGUGUGGGAGAACGGCUGCACGGUCAUUGUGAUGAUGACCGCUCUGGUGGAGGAGGGAGAGAUGCAGUGUGAACGAUACUGGCCUGAUGAGGGAUCAUCACUCUAUCACAUCUAUGAGGUGAACCUGGUGUCGGAGCACAUCUGGUGUAAAGACUUCCUGGUGCGCAGCUUCUACGUGAAGAACGUCCAGACACAGGAGACAAGAACUUUGACGCAGUUUCACCUGCUGAGCUGGCCAGGAGACGGCAUCCCCACCUCCACGCGGCCACUCCUCGACUUUCGCAGGAAGGUGAAUAAAUGUUACAGAGGUCGAUCCUGCCCAAUCAUCGUUCACUGCAGUGAUGGCACAAGCAGAGCUGGAGCUUACAUUCUCAUUGACAUGGUGCUGAACCGCAUGGCCAAAGGAGUGAAGGAAAUCGACAUUGCAGCCACGCUGGAGCACAUCAGAGACCAGAGACCCGGCCUGGUUUGCACCAAGGACCAGUUUGAAUUCGCUCUGACAGCAGUCGCUGAGGAAGUGAAUGCCAUCUUGAAAGCCCUGCCACAGUGAGACGCAGCAGCUGAAGGGGGAACGUUCAGGCACAUGACAACACACGCUUCAAAGGACUCAUUCGUAUCACGCGUCCAUAAACGUCCGAUGCUGUUAGAAGUAUUUGCUCAGCCACACCCGGAGCUGCUUUCCAACCUGCAGUGGUUUUGCCAUCGACUCAUUCUCUGGGAGUUUUCAGACAUUUUUUUUUUUUUUUUGGGGGGGGUGGUUACUUUUAUGGAAGGGCAGUGAAUGUUUUGGCAGGAUGCAGGUAUGAACAGAGGAUGACAUUUCUUCAAAAUUAUUGUAAAAAUCCUGUUUCUGUUUCUGAAAAUUCUACCUAAUUACACAACAAUGCAGCCUCCAGACCUAGAAUUAACUAAAAAACCUUUGUGCCUGUGUAAAUCCAGAAGUAUUGACACUAUUCAUCUCCUGAGAACAGAAUAUUUGGUGUUGAGUCACAGACAGGAGGGAACAUACCCUCGUAUGACUCUAGUGGCGUAUUGACCUUAAUAACCUUUUAUUGGAUACCGUUACCUCAAACGAUUGAUCAUCACCAACAGAUAGUUUGAUUUUCUUUCUGUUGGUGAAAGUUCCAUUCAGAUAAAUGUUAAGAUAACUGAACUAACCAAAUAUCUCUGGCAUCUAGCUUCCUUUAACAAGGGAAGGUCUAUGUGAACCCUCUGGUUGUGGUGUUUUGUGUCCAACAGAAGACUGUAUACUACUGUCGAGUGUGUUUUUAUUGGUGAGGCUUGUCUCCUGCCUUGCAAAGUUCAGUGUUUGCUUCAAGCACUGCUGUUGGGGUAACGGGUGCUGUACGUCGUCCAUGAAGUACACAACGCUUCAUCUCUCCUCCUGCACAUAAAGUGGCUUCCUUUGCAUUCUUUUACUGUCUUACUUGAUGUGCAACCUUGUGAUUAAUGUAUAUAAUUCAUCCUGAUGAUUGUGUUUAUUUCAUGUAGCAGACAGAUGGAAAAUAUCUAUAAAAAUGUAUUUUUGACUUGACAUAAAUAAAUUUGUGAUGUGAUGCAGCAGAAAA